AUGGUUACAGCAAUAUUAGAGAUUGGAGCUGCAGUUGGCAAGGCCGAAGUGCUUGAGCUGAUACUACCAGUGGGAAUCACCGAGCCAUUUGAAGUUUCAGAAACUGCAUCAGACGCCCCAGCAGACGUCUCUUCUGUUGCUUCAGAAGUUUCAGCCGAAGUCUCGGAAGAAGGCUCUUCAGAAGUUGCAACAGAAGUCUCAGCAAAAGUCUCAGCAGAAGGCUCAGCAGAAGUUUCAGCCGAAGGGUCAGCAGAAUUCUCAGCAGAAGUUUCAGCAGAUGUUGCGCUGGAGGCAUCCGCCGAAGUCUCAGCAGAAGGCUCAGCAGAAGGGUCAGCAGAAGUUUCGGUGGCAGUGUCAGUCGAAAUCUCAGCCGAAGGCUCAGAAGAAGUCUCAGCAGAAGUUUCAGAAAAAGUCUCAGCAGAUGUUGCGCUGGAGGCAUCAGCCGAAGUCUCAGCAGAAGGCUCGUCAGAUGUUGCGCUGGAGACAUCCGCCGAAGUUUCAGCAGAAGGCUCAGCAGAAGUUUCAGCAGAAGGCUCAGCAGAAGGCUCAGCAGAAGGCUCAGCAGAAGUUUCAGCAGAAGGCUCAGCAGAAGUUUCAGCAGAAGGCUCAGCAGAAGUUUCAGCAGAAGGCUCAGCAGAAGUUUCAGCAGAAGUUUCAGCAGAAGUUUCAGCAGAAGACUCAGCAGAAGUUUCAGAAAAAGACUCAGCAGAAGGCACGUCAGAUGUUGCGCUGGAGGCAUCAGCAGAAGUUUCAGCCGAAGGCUCAGAAGAAGUCUCAGCAGAAGUUUCAGCAGAAGUUUCAGCAGAAGUCUCAGCAGAAGGCUCAACAGAAGGCUCAGCAGAAGGCUCGUCAGAUGUUGCGCUGGAGACAUCCGCCGAAGUUUCAGCAGAAGGCUCAGCAGAAGUUUCAGCAGAAGGCUCAGCAGAAGUUUCAGCAGAAGUUUCAGCAGAAGUUUCAGCAGAAGACUCAGCAGAAGUUUCAGAAAAAGACUCAGCAGAAGGCACGUCAGAUGUUGCGCUGGAGGCAUCAGCAGAAGUUUCAGCCGAAGGCUCAGAAGAAGUCUCAGCAGAAGUUUCAGCAGAAGUUUCAGCAGAAGUCUCAGCAGAAGGCUCAACAGAAGGCUCAGCAGAAGGCUCGUCAGAUGUUGCGCUGGAGACAUCCGCCGAAGUUUCAGCAGAAGGCUCAGCAGAAGUUUCAGCAGAAGGCUCAGCAGAAGGCUCAGCAGAAGUUUCAGCAGAAGUUUCAGCAGAAGUUUCAGCAGAAGACUCAGCAGAAGUUUCAGAAAAAGACUCAGCAGAAGGCACGUCAGAUGUUGCGCUGGAGGCAUCAGCAGAAGUUUCAGCCGAAGGCUCAGAAGAAGUCUCAGCAGAGGGCUCAACAGAAGUCUCAGCAGAAGGCUCAGCAGAAGUUUCAGCAGAGGGCUCAACAGAAGUCUCAGCAGAUGUUGCGCUGGAGGCAUCAGCAGAAGUCUCAGCAGAGGGCUCAGCAGAAGGCUCGUCAGAUGUUGCGCUGGAGACAUCCGCCGAAGUUUCAGCAGAAGGCUCAGCAGAAGUUUCAGCAGAAGGCUCAGCAGAAGGCUCAGCAGAAGUUUCAGCAGAAGGCUCAGCAGAAGUUUCAGCAGAAGUUUCAACAGAAGUCUCAGCAGAAGUUUCAGCAGAAGGCUCAGCAGAAGUUUCAGCAGAGGGCUCAACAGAAGUCUCAGCAGAUGUUGCGCUGGAGGCAUCAGCAGAAGUUUCAGCAGAGGGCUCAACAGAAGUCUCAGCAGAUGUUGCGCUGGAGGCAUCAGCAGAAGUCUCAGCAGAGGGCUCAGCAGAGGGCUCAGCAGAGGGCUCAGCAGAAGUUUCGGUGGCAGUGUCAGCCGAAAUCUCAGCCGAAGGCUCAGCAGAGGAGACAGUAGAAGUCUCGGCGGAUGUCUCAGCUGCACUGAUGGAGCUUGGAAUUUCAGAGGAUUCAGAUGCGAUGGAGCUGCUAGUUAGGUCAGAAGUGGUCUCUGCCUCGAGAGCGGCGGCAGCAACCAAAGAAGCAGAAGCAGAAGGGUUAAUAAUCCAAUAUGGUACCCAUGCACCAACAACUGAACAGAGAGAAAUGGCCAAAGAGGUAGCUUGCUUGACUUCUGAACCCCGGCAGUUCUUAGCUAUACAACUGGCAACACUUGACGCCCAAGGAGUCAUUACACAAAGACAUCCAGUAUCCCAGUAUGGACAUGGAGUAGAGGAAGUGGACAAUUCCACACAUGGCCUAGCACACUCUGGCAAAGAGGAGUAG